AUGGGUUUCAUGUCCCUGCAAUCCAACACCCUACCCAGCUUUCUUCACCAAAUUUACAAGCUAUGGAAGAAGUAUCGAGACAAUUCAAGUGCAUACUCCAACAUAGAAAUCCCUGAAUUCGAAGACUCCCACUUCCGCUGUUCCAAUGAAAUAUACCGUUCUGUGGGUGUCUAUCUUAGCAAGCUCGAUGCCACAGCAAACGCCCCCACAGUCUCCAUCACGCGCCCCAAUCGAAACACAAUACCUGUGUUUAACCUGCCCUCUCAACACACGGUCACUGACGAAUUCCAGGGAGCCCAAGUGUGGUGGACGCACCUUGCCAACACUAACACCAACAGCGAUGAAAAGAAAGAGCCAAGAGUAAUAAUGGGCAGAAGAACCGAAGGUUCCGAAAGAAAGUAUGUCUUGAAAAUUUCCAACAAAGACAAACCGAGGAUUCUAUCAUCCUACAUCGAACACAUCUCAGGAUUUGCAGACGACCUGCAGAGGCGCAGCGAGGACAGAAAGCUCUUCAGCAAUAUCGAGACCCGUGGAAGAUGGAGCUCCGUGGCGUUCAAACAUCCCUCUACUUUCCAAACUCUCGCACUCGUACCUUCCCUUAAAGAGAAGAUUAAGCAGGACCUCGACUGUUUUCUGCAAAGCAGAGACUUUUACCGCAGGACGGGGCGCGCAUGGAAACGAGGUUAUCUUCUGUACGGUCCUCCUGGUACUGGUAAGUCGAGCCUCAUCGCCGCCAUUGCCAAUUACAUGAACUACGAUGUUUAUGAUCUGGAGCUCACCAUGGUGUCGGAUAAUUCUGCUCUCCGUCAGCUUCUGCUCGCAACUUCAAGCAAAUCUGUUAUCGUCAUCGAGGACAUUGACUGUGCUGCCGAUUUACCCACCAAAGAAAUGGGUAGAUUUGUUGAUUUACCCAGCGGUGUUGUGUGCAGGGGACCCUCUGAGUCUCGCAAGGAUGAGUUUAAAGACACUCGACGAGGUAGUUCUACCAUUACUCUUUCUGGUUUGCUUAAUUUUGCUGAUGGGCUUUGGUCCAGUUGCGGUCAAGAGAGGAUCAUGAUUUUUACGACCAAUCACAGGGAGAGACUCGACCCUGCGCUGCUCAGAAGUGGUCGAAUGGAUAUGCAUAUACAUCUGUCUUACUGUGAAUUUGAGGCCUUUAAACAGUUGGUUUUUAAUUACUUGGGUAUGGGGGAUCACUUGCUGUUUGCGUCUGUAGAAGAGAAGAUGAAAUCUGGAGGACGCCUGACUCCUGCAGACAUUUGUGAAAUUCUUAUUCAGAAUAAAUCUGAUCCUGAGUCCGCCAUUAGCGCUGUUAUUGAUGCUCUGAAUGCAGGAAUUUGCAGUGAAAGUGAGAACGUAACCGAGUCCCCUGAAGAUGAAGAAGAAUCGUCAUUGUCAAUGACUAAUCCAAGUGACAAGCUCGAUGCCACAGCAAACGCCCCUACAGUCUCCAUCACGCGCCCCAAUCGAAACACAAAGCCUGUGUUUAACCUGCCCUCUCAACACACGGUCACUGACGAAUUCCAGGGAGCCCAAGUGUGGUGGACGCACCUUGCCAACACUAACACCAACAGCGAUGAAAAGAAAGAGCCAAGAGUAAUAAUGGGCAGAAGAACCGAAGGUUCCGAAAGAAAGUAUGUCUUGAAAAUUUCCAACAAAGACAAACCGAGGAGUCUAUCAUCCUACAUCGAACACAUCUCAGGAUUUGCAGACGACCUGCAGAGGCGCAGCGAGGAAAGAAAGCUCUUCAGCAAUAUCGAGACCCGUGGAAGAUGGAGCUCCGUGGCGUUCAAACAUCCCUCCACUUUCCAAACUCUCGCACUCGUACCUUCCCUUAAAGAGAAGAUUAAGCAGGACCUCGACUGUUUUCUGCAAAGCAGAGACUUUUACCGCAGGACGGGGCGCGCAUGGAAACGAGGUUAUCUUCUGUACGGUCCUCCUGGUACUGGUAAGUCGAGCCUCAUCGCCGCCAUUGCCAAUUACAUGAACUACGAUGUUUAUGAUCUGGAGCUCACCAUGGUGUCGGAUAAUUCUGCUCUCCGUCAGCUUCUGCUCGCAACUUCAAGCAAAUCUGUUAUCGUCAUCGAGGACAUUGACUGUGCUGCCGAUUUACCUACCAAAGAAAGGGGUAGAUUUGUUGAUUUACCCAGCGGUGUUGUUUCUACCAUUACUCUUUCUGGUUUGCUUAAUUUUGCAGAUGGGCUUUGGUCCAGUUGCGGUGAAGAGAGGAUCAUGAUUUUUACGACCAAUCACAGGGAGAGACUCGACCCUGCGCUGCUCAGAAGUGGUCGAAUGGACAUGCAUAUACAUCUGUCUUACUGUGAAUUUGAGGCCUUUAAACAGUUAGUUUUUAAUUACUUGGGUUUGGGGGAUCACUUGCUGUUUGCGUCUGUAGAAGAGAAGAUGAAAUCUGGAGGACGCCUGACUCCUGCAGACAUUUGUGAAAUUCUUAUUCAGAAUAAAUCUGAUCCUGAGUCUGCCAUUAGGGCUGUUAUUGAUGCUCUCCAUGCAGGAAUUUGCAGUGGAAGUGAGAAUGUGAACGACGCUCCUGAAGAUGAAAAUGAAGAGGAAUCGUCAUUGUUAAUGACUAAUCCAAGUGGGCGUAAAGAGAUCUAA